AUGUCAAUUCCCGGGUUGGGUUCAGAAGCAACCUACGAAGAUAGCCUAAAAUUAAUAUCAAUCCCUCAAGGCUCUGAAUGGAGAAUUGAAGUCCCGUUUAAACAAAUUCUCAAAUUCAAGGUUACUGAAGGUAUCUUGGAAAUUAACGGCACUGAAUUACCAAACAAUGUUGAAUUGCAAUUAACAGGCACAAAAUGUAGCAUCUAUUCACCAAAGCAACAAUCCAAGAUUGAAUACAACUUGGUACAAAACCAUGACAUGUCAAUGUGUGAAGAUGAUGAGUUCACGGAGUAUACAAGCAAUGAAACAAAUAUGGAAUCAGUAUUGAACUUGCACAUGUAUAUCGAGUCCAAACGACAAAUUGCAAGUGACCACAAUGUAUCCAACGAAGAACCAACUUUGGGACCUCGAGUUUUGAUCUUGGGUGGGAAACAACUGGGCAAGACGUCGCUUGCUAAGACUUUAGUCUCCUAUGCUGUCAAGAUGAAUCAAUAUCCAAUUCUUGUCAAUUUGAAUCCACAAGAUGGGGUGUUUGCCUUGCCCGGUUCGAUAUCAGCCACUGUUAUAAAUGACUCACUAGAUGUUGAGUGUUGCAAUGGAUACGGACUUACAACUACAACAACUGGAGGCAACGCUUCUUCAUCAAAGCAACCAAUUGUGAAAAACUAUGGCUUUACAGCAAUCAAACAAAAUUUAGAUCUAUACAAGUACCAGAUUGAACAGCUUGGAAUCACGGUGCUAUCGCGAUUAGAACAAGAUCUUCAGUGUAGAGAUAGUGGUGUUGUUGUUGAUACCCCAGCACUUGGCAUCAAAGAUUUCGAAGUCAUUGAAGCUAUAGUAGGUGAUUUUAGAAUCGACAUCAUUGUUGUCUUGGGCAAUGAAAAGCUAACAAUUGAUUUGAAGAAAAAAUUGCUGCAUAAAUCCAAUUUGCAAAUCGUCAAGCUAAACAAACUGCCGGGAGUAGUUGAAGUCAGUGACAAGUUUAUUCGAAUGAGUCAAGAAUCAACUAUAAGAGAAUAUUUCAAUGGAAACUUCAAGACUAGAUUAUCCCCCUUCAAAACUGAUAUUGAUGCUACGGGCUUACAAAUUUACAAAGCAGUACAAGAUUCCGUGUCGUUGUCGUUUUUACCAGCUGGUGAGGAUUUUGAACGCGAUGACGACAAAGACAAUGAUUUGAACAAGUAUUAUCUGGCUAUGGAUCCAAGUCCAUCCAAUGUCGAUAAUUCAAUAAUCGUAGUGACUCAUCUACAACUGUCGACCCCAGGCAAAGAUUUACUAAACUCAUCGGUGUUGGGUUACAUACACGUGUCCAAAUACGAUGAAGAAAAAAAGAAAUUAAAAGUAUUACUUCCGUUCCCCGGGGUAUUUCCAAGAAAUGUCUUGAUUUCUACAGAUAUAGGGUAUAAUGAGUAA